AUAAUCAAAACAUAUGAAAAUGACCCAUGGCAAAGUGAAUUGUAUUGGCCAGAAGGGUUGGCACAACUUACAAACAUCGGGCGGCAACAAGCACAUGAAUUAGGCGACUAUCUUCGGAGACGGUAUUCAAAACUUCUCGCAAAUAACGGAUCAUAUCACAGAAAUACAAUUUAUGUCCAGAGCUCAGAUCUUGAUAGAACCUUGAUGACUGCAGCUCAUGUAUUAGCUGGUAUGUUUCCGCCGAAGGACCAUCAAAUUUGGAAUGAAUCACUGUUGUGGCAAGCCAUCCCCAUUCAUACGCUCCCACAAGAUCAAGAUGGAAUUAUAGCAACAAAGAGACCAUGUCCCAAAUACGCUAAGGCUUUUGAUGACUAUGAAGAAUCAGAUGAAAUACAAUCGAUAAUAAAAAGCAAUCGAACGUUGUUUGAUUACUUGGAAAAGUAUGUUGGUCAGAAGGUCAAAACGAUUUGUAAAGUCAAAACCAUAUAUCAAGCGCUGUGGGUGGAAAGUUUGAAAAAUUUUCCGCUGCCAGAUUGGACAUCGAAAGUAUUUUAUCCGGACAGUGAUAUGAAUAAAUUGGCCAAUUUUUGUUUCAAAAUUAAAACAAACACCAACACAUUGGCGCGCUUGAAAUCUGGAUUCUUUCUACGAGAAAUGCUCGACCGUUUUACACAAAAGAUGAAUAAUUCCCUAACACCAAAUCGAAAUUUGUGGAUAUACAGUGGUCAUGACACCACCAUUGCUAGCCUAUUAAAUGCGUUGGGCCUUUUCGAGAAACCACACAUUCCAAUUUAUGCAUCGUGCA